CCCACUCCGAUCAUCAUCAAAGCCAUUAUGUCUGUUACUGCAACCAUCACCCAGCCCGUGCAGCCUGAUAUCCAAUAUCACCCUGACUUUGAGAAAUAUCAGGCGCGCACCCGCCAUCGCAAGGAGACAGAGUCGCUGCAAACCAGUCUACCCGCAGGAUUCCCUCAGAAGCUGACCUCUCCACUUGUCUGGGAGGGAAAGGACAUUGAACAGACAAGUGACUGGAUCUACAAGUUGAGCGAUGACCAGCUGGACGAGAUUGAUGCAGGACUGAAGAGUUUCAAAGCUCUGAAUGAGCCUUUGGGAUACAUCAACGAGUCGACAUUCCCGCUACCAACCCUCCGACCAGUCCUAAGGGAUCUCUCAAAGGACAUCCAUCACGGCAGGGGGUUCUUCGUUCUCCGAGGACUGCGUAUCGAUGACUACUCGCGGGAGGAUAAUAUAAUUAUCUAUACUGGAGUGUCUUCUCAUAUUGGAAGUAUUCGCGGUCGCCAACGGGAUACGAGAUUGCAAGAUGGGAAGUCUCGGAUGGUCGCGCAUAUUAAAGAUGUCACCAGCACCGUGGAAGCAGAGAAGAUCGGUGCACCCUCGAGUACUGCCGAUAAACAAGUCUUCCAUACCGAUGCUGGAGAUAUCGUCUCUCUUCUUUGUCUGAGCCCAUCGGCCGAAGGAGGCGAGAGCUAUCUUUCAAGCAGCUGGAAUGUAUACAAUAUCCUUGCCAAAGAGAGACCCGACUUGAUCCACACUCUUUCUCAGGACUGGCCGAACGAUGGAUUCGGUAAUCCUCAGAAGCCAUAUACUCUUCGUCCGCUUCUAUAUCACCAACCCGCAACCGAGACUAGCCCCGAACGUGUACUCAUCCAAUAUGCUCGCCGAUUAUUCACGGGCUUUCUCGCCCUGCCUCGUUCCGUAGGUAUACCUCCCAUCAGUGAAGCGCAGGCUGAAGCCCUAGACGCACUGCACUUUUUGGCAGAAAAGCAUCGUGCUUCCCUGGGCUUCCAGAAGGGUGACGUCCAAUAUGUCAAUAAUCUGAGCAUUUUCCAUGCGCGGAACGGCUUCAAGGACCAGCCCGGCAAAGAACGUCAUCUACUUCGCCUGUGGCUUCGAGACCCGGAGAAUGCAUGGCCCACCCCCGAGCGACUUCAGGACCGCUGGGAUACUCUGUAUAAAAAUGUGACGGAGGAGGAGCAGGUAUUCCCUCAGGAGCCAACCUUGUGA